UCCGCGAAUAUAUUUCUCGGUUUCUUCGGCUUUCUUCCCCAAGUCCGGCUCGAGUUUCAUCUCUCGACCUCGCCGUGCUCGUGCUGUUGUGCAGCGGUGCAGGCGUUCGAUCGGUGACGAGACGAUCGGAGACGCGCCGAUGCCGCCGGUGCCUGUGGAGCACGAGGUGGGCGCGAGGGUAGAGUGCCCGGACCCUGAUUCAAAAUAUGGAGUAAACAUGGUGAGAGACCGGCUUAAAGACAGAACUGAUAUUCUGUUCAAACUGAAUAGUGUGGUCUGGAUUUCACCCAGUAGCACGUCACUUCAUGAGCUUUUAGGAGGAGUUGCGUCCGAUUUCACAGAUGGACAUGCCAGCAGUUUUUCUGGCAGGUUACAAAAGACAGAGUUGGCUCACACCAUAUGUGUAACGUCACAGCUUCCUACCGGAACGCAUGAGGCUACAGGCAAAAUUGCCUACAUUGACACAGAGGGCACGUUUGACCCUGAAAAAUUAGUCAAAAUUGCUGAGCGAUUGGGUGUUGAAGCCACUCCUGUUAUCCAAAAUACGGUAUAUGCGAGUGCAUACACCUAUGAAGACAUGGAGGCCUUGUUGUCUGAUCUUCAAUCCAAGAUGGAAAAGGAACCAUUUAAGAUGCUGAUAAUCAAUUCGGUGACAACAUUGUUCAAUACAGAACUCUGUAAUGGCUGUGCGUUUGAUGGAUGUCAGAUAAAGACACUAGAGAUGAUGUAUUGCCUAAGGAUGAUAGCCAAUAAAUUUCAUAUAGGGGUGUAUGUCACGAACCAUGAGGAAAUGGGUUUGACUGAUGCUAAGAUUAAGAGGUCACUCAAGCAGGGGCUAUACUUCAAGGAAGUAAAAGAUCUCCGUAAGCUGAAUAAUGCUGUUCAGGUCACUACAGGAAACAGUUCCCUUGGUGACAUGCAUCAAGGUGGUGAUAUGCAUGAAGAAAGAUACAAUGGAUGCACAAAAACUGUAUGCGGACGAAAACAUGAAACUGUAUGCGCCAACAGCCAAAGGCUCCUGGAUUUUAGAACCAAAAUCAGAGUUUCUUAUCCAAAUUCCUGGUUUUAUCUUGAUGCAAGUCCAGAUGAUAAAAUCAAACAGUUAUCACAGAUGAUCGAGAAGCGAAUUUCACUAUCUCGGGAAAGUUUUUAUCUGACUUAUUUGGGCCGUAAGCUUGAACCCGAAAGUACUCUUCGAGAACUUGGGCUUGUAGUUUCACUGAUAACAUUUGAGUUGCACGUACGACUACGUGGAGGUUGUCCAGACAAGGGAAAUCAAUCACUGCGGGAAUUUAUUGCAAGCAACAGCGUGUGUUGGAUUACAAUGUCUCAUGGGAAGAAUCUAUACUCUAACAGACUUGUAAGAGAAGUGCUUGUAAGAUAUCCGGGGCAAAAAGGAAUGCGACAGGUGGUUAAGUUAGUUAUGCAACCUUUAGCCAUCCGUAUAUGUAAUGGGAUUGCAUCACGUACACAAGGCACAUGAUGCGGAUAAGAGUUGGAACGGAUCAAUUUCUUUAGAAACAUUUAGGAUGGUUGAUGGUUGUAUGGAAGUUUCACAACAUGCUGUCAAAGAUUUAGAUGAAACUAGCGUCUGUGAGGACUAUAAGAAAAUUUCAAAACUGUUCCUGGAUAUGUUGGAGCUCAACAAGGGACAUCCUUUAUACCUCAGUCAUUUAUGCAGUAAGAUGAAGAAUGCUAAUGUUACUUCAGCAAAGAGCAAUACUUUUCAAUUGUUCUUAAGAGUUCAUCCAUCAUUGAUGACAUAUUCAACACGUUCCUCCUUAUUGUGGGAGAUGAAACGUGAAAUCGAUGGAUUAUUACCUCCCAAUGCAAAAAAUAUUCAGUCUGCCAUUGAUCAAAUUUUGAUGAAUAGAGAUUGGACACUACUUGCUAAACAGGAAGCUGCUUUCUCACCUACCUAUAACAGAAGUUACAAGAAGUCGUCAAGUGAAUGCUUCAAGUUCAUUCGAAAUUGGUUAACUCAUGGGAUAGAGAACUUCAAUACCUCAGAUCCAAGAAGGUUUACAACUGAAGAUAUGGACUAUCUAUUGGAGAUAGUCUUCAAAGAUUUUCUAGCUGAUAUUGUCUGGACGUUGCUACAAAACAACAUUGGGAAUUUAAACAGAUGGUUUGCAGAUGUACAAGAAAAUAACUCUUUCUAGGUUGAUUUGUGGACAGAACAACUAACCUGUGUACAUUGAAAACCUCUCACUCCCGCGAAGUGGCCUCAGAAGUGGACCAAUCAAAAGAUGAUUGCAUGACAUUGUUGGAACAGGGUGAAGAAAGCUGCUGAAGAAACUUGAAGGACAUUUGCUUCGCCUUUCUGUAGCUCUUAAGUCUGCUUCCUUGCUGUGUUUUGUUUCUGGAGAUAGUCGUAGGUCUGUCUUUUGAUGAUUGCCUGUUCGAGAUGAGGGUGGUAUCUUUUGGUGAUGCGACGAUCUGAUACUGUAAGCUGGAGUCCCAAGACAGAAUACCAUUUUUUGUAAACCCUGGUUCAUGCUUUCUGACAAAGCUGCACGAAACAUUUUUAUCACUCAACUUUCAUAUUGUUUCAUCUUGGCAAAUGGACCACAAGAGAAGUAUAUUUGUUGUAAGCAUAG